UAAGAAAGAAAACGCUAUAAAUAUGGAGGCAGGAGGAAGCAGAAAGCUUAUGCCAAAACCAAGCCAGGUUAGAAGGGGUAAGGUAAGAAGGUUGCAUCGCUCUCAUCCCCAAAACCACUUACUACCACCACCAUCCACCCUCUUGGCUUGGUUUAUUGGCUUCGCUACAUGGCCAAAGGCCGCAAGCUCACUACCGCGCGAAGCGACCGCUUCCUCGCUGCCACAACCACCUACUCCCACGCCUCCACCGCCUCCGAAACUUCCGAGUUCCGGGAAGAGGACAUCUGGUCCUCGUCGGAGGAUCGUGACCGCCACCUCACUCUCUCACAUGACGACUGGGAGCCACGCGCCUCUCCCCGCCGCAGGGAGGACCACUCGCACCACCGCCAGGUGGGAGGUCUCUCCCUCGCGUUCGAGGACCCCAAGGCCGGGACAAAUAAUGGCGCCAUGACUACUACCUCGUCCUCGAGGAUCGUGCACCAGUACCGCGCGCAGCACGACGCCGUUUCUUCGCGUCGGGGUCGCCACGUGGCGGCGUCUGCGCCAGUGAACGUGCCGGAUUGGAGCAAGAUACUCCGAGUGGAUUCGGUGGAAUCGCUGCACGAGAUGAAAGAUGGUUUUGACGACGAAGACGACGACGAUUGCGAUUCUGAGAUGGUUCCACCGCACGAGUACUUGGCGCGCAGCCGGAAGAUGGCGGCGAACUCAGUUUUUGAAGGAGUGGGUCGCACGUUAAAGGGCCGCGACAUGCGGCGGGUUCGCGAUGCCGUUUGGAGCCAAACCGGUUUCUACGGCUGAACCGCCACGCAUAAGGUGGUGAAUUGGACCGAUUUGCGGUUGAGUUGAUUAAUAUUAAUAUAUUAAUAUCACUAAUCAGGCUUAAUGGCUGGUGCUGUGUUAAUUUAAAAAUUUUGGCAUAGUAUUAAAAAUUGUUGUGGUUAAAAUUGGAUGAAUGAGUUUUGUUGUGGACUACUUGUGGUUCAACCCUACGGCCAGUGAGCCUAAACUUAUAGUUGGAUAUUGAAGUUCUAUGAAGAAUCAAGACCGUCUUGAACUAGUACCACUUUAAUCUCAUCUUGAAAAUUAAUUGUCUUGUUGAUCCAA